AUGUAUGUCAACAAGUCUGAAGAACAGGGGCCAUUCAGAGGAGGGUCUUUGGACUCGGUAAACCCUGCUAAUGAGGAGAAGCAGCUCAACAAUGAAGAAAAACAUGUCAACCUUGUUCACAUUGAGUCCCGCAAGUCCAAACGUAGAAAUUCCGACUUUGAGAUCUUUGUGGAUUGUGACACUGACAAUGAACAGCUCAAGGAGCUGACUCAGCUGCUAAGGGAGCAUACUGAUAUAGUUGAGAUAACUCCAUCAGAGAACUUCACUAUACCUGAGGAUGAUAUGGCUGUGCCCUGGUUCCCACAGAAGAUCUCUGAAUUGGAUCUGUCUGCAAACAGGGUUUUGAUGUAUGGCUCUGAGUUAGAUGCUGACCAUCCGGGAUUUAAAGACAACAUGUACCGUAAAAGAAGAACAUAUUUUGCUGAUUUGGCCAUGAGCUACAAACUUGGCGAUCCUAUUCUUCGUGUAGACUUCACUUCAGAGGAGGUGCGUACCUGGGGGGUGGUGUACAGGGAGCUCAACAAGCUGUACCCCGGGCAUGCCUGCAAGGAGUACCUGAAGAACCUGCCCCUGCUGACCAAAUACUGCAACUACAGCGAGGACAACAUCCCACAGCUGGAGGACGUCUCACACUUCCUCAAAGCAGGGUACCUCUCCCCCAGAGACUUUCUGGCGGGCCUGGCCUUCAGAGUGUUCCACUGCACUCAGUAUGUCCGUCACAGCUCCGACCCUUUGUACACUCCUGAGCCAGACACGUGCCAUGAACUGCUGGGUCAUGUUCCUCUGCUGGCUGAGCCCAGCUUCGCCCAGUUCUCUCAGGAGAUUGGUUUAGCUUCGCUGGGAGCUUCAGAUGAUGCUGUUCAGAAACUGGCCACAUGUUAUUUCUUCACAGUGGAGUUUGGUCUCUGUAAGCAGGAGGGCAGGCUCAGGGCCUAUGGAGCUGGACUCCUCUCCUCCAUCAGUGAACUCCAGCAUGCUUUGUCUGGCAAGGCCCAUAUCCUUCAGUUUGACCCCGUGGUGACCUGUAACCAGGAGUGCAAAAUAACUACGUUCCAAGACGUUUACUUUGUUUCUGAGAGUUUUGAGGACGCCAAGAACAAAAUGAGGGAAUUUGCUAAGACCAUUUGGCGUCCAUUCACAGUACGCUACGACCCCUACACCCAGAGUGUGGACGUCCUGAAGGACACCAACAGCAUCAACAGCAUGGUGAAAGACAUCCGACAUGAGCUGGACAUUGUAGAAGACGCCCUAAACCGUCUCCACAAACAUCUGAAGGACUGA